AUGACAUCGACAGAAAAAAUUUCAACAACACAUAACGAAACAGGAGCAUUCCCUUCAUUUCGUUCGAUGAAUGAUGGUGAUACACCGAAUGAACAGUAUCGAUUUGAUUCAACUCCACCUAUACAUUCUUCUCAUUUUCAAAACGUACUUUUAUCUUCAUCCUCAUCGCCAAGCGUUCUUCGAAAUCCGUCACCACCGCCUGCUGAUGAUCUCACUCGAGCAGAUAUGGUGGGAGAUGAAAUGUACUCUAAAUCGUGGUUCUGUCAAGUACUUCUCAAAUUAAUCAACUUCGUUGCACCUGAACAAUUACAAGAUGAAAUCUUUGCAAACAUUCGACAACAAGGUGAUAAUUUUCUAACGACUAAUUCUCAUAAGAAACAAGAAUUAGAUGAAGCAUUCGAGUCUGAACUAUGCGAAUUAUGGGAUGUUAGUAUGAGUGCUGAUGUUGCACAUCUGUUAAUUGAAUUCAAUUCACUCGAUUUGUUCAAUGUUGUUCUCAUCGAAUGCAAAGACAAACGCUGUACGGAGAUUGUUCUUGGCAUUCUAUCCAAUCUGGCAUGUUGUAAACGUAAUCUCUCAUCGACGAAUCAAAUGAAAAGUGUUGCUCAAUGUAUUAUCGAACAUUCGAAUCUAUUUUCAACGAUUCUCUCUAUUUUAACAAGCGAUGAUUAUUCCGAUUGUCCAACGCUCGUUCAACUAUUUCGGUUAAUCUACACGCUCUUAGUUCGACAGGAUACGCGUUACUUUAUGAUCGAGCAUAUUCAAUUAACCUUUGAACCUUUAUGUUUCAUUUUACAAUCGUGUUGUAAUAAAGAAUUAUUAGAACAAUGUAGCUGUUUACUACGUGUUUUAUUAGAUGAAUGUAAUUUAUUCGAUACUAAUGAACAAAAUGAAGCUGCUUAUCUAGUCUUAACAUCGAUGACGACGGCAAUUAGCGCUUCACUGGAAAAUGAAACGUUCACAAUCAAUUCUAUCCUAGAAAAUCUUUUCAACUGUUUACAAAUCUAUACCACACAUGAACAUUGCUCACAAAUGUUAAACGAUCACUGUCAAAUAAUUAUGAAAUUAGUUGAAACAACGUUGAAAUUCUUAGUUCAUGAUGAUAUUGUACAAAUUCACGGCGUGUUGUUACUAUCAUGUAUAUCGAUAUGUAACUUUUUCAUUUAUAAAACGGGAUUGAAGAUGGUUACUAAAGAACUAUUGGAAUAUUUCCUCAUCAUCGGACAUGCGUGUUACAAAGAAAAACAAAGAGACGAUCAUCGUAAACACGCUAUGCGUCGUCAACGGUCGCGAACCCAUUCGCAUUCAUCGAAUAAGAGAAAGGACAUGGAUAUCACUGGCAAGGCAAGUUCGAAUAAUGACAAUGAAGUUUUAUCAAAAAGUGACAAUCCAUUAACCAAUAUUGAGUGGGAAGAAGAUGCUGAUAUCGAGCAAACAAAUAAUGAAGAUUUGACUGGUGCGUCUUAUGCACUUGUCGACGAAAUAUUUCUCAUACUUUUUCAUCAUGGUCUUCGGCAAGAAACAUCAGUAUUUACACAAUUGAAUCAAGAUCAACGUGAACUUUUUCGAAAAUUAAUCAAACAUUUCUGUAAUAUAGAAAAACGACUCGAUCAAAUGUUGAAUUUGUAA